CAGAGUGGCAUUUGGAGCAUCUAUGGCAAUGUUGGAAAUGUUGGACCUUUUAACGCUGAGAUAAUACUGGCCUUCAAGAAUAUCUACUCAAACACAGGCGCAUACAACCCUACAACAGGUAUUUUCACGGCUCCAGUCAAAGGAUUCUACUACUUCAGUUUCACUGGCCAUGGUUUAUCAACUAAACAAAUAGGGCUGCAACUGAUGAAGAAUGGAAAGCAGAUGGUUAUCGCGUUCAACCAUGCAGCUGGAAACCGCUAUGAGACUGUCUCCAAUGGCAUGACUCUACAGCUUGAAGUGGGAGACCAAGUGUACAUUUCUCUCCGGACAAACACCUGGACUUUUGAUAAUAAUGAUAGCCCCACCACCUUCAAUGGCCAUUUGUUAUUUCGUCUGUAAGUGAAAUAAAAUUCAAAUAAGCUAAAAGAGCCUUUAAAAAAGGAGAUUAUUGUUGCAAGUGGUGGUAAUGUUACACUAAAAUGAAAUCAAAUAACCAAUAAGAUGUGAUACACAUUUUUCAGGGUGACAAUAAAUCAAAAUAUCUUCUCGUGUGUGUUUAAAGCUGCAUUAAUUAUUUUUUGGCCACUGGCGAACAGACAAAAACCAAGCUUACAGGUACACAGCUUUUUCACUAGCUUAUAAAGUUAGGAAAAUAAUUCCCUUCUCUUACAUCCAGCAGACACAGCAACAUUAGCAUUCAAUUGCAGGUUGGUUGCCAUCUACCUGAUGACAGUAAGUCCUAACUAAAUACUUGACUGUGUUCACAAGCCAGUCUGUAAUUUUCUCUGUUAGCUAUUUGGUGCUGGGCACAUAGUCUAGAGUGGGUUUAUCAGAGCUUUAUUGUUGGGGAAACUUUAGCUUUUAUUUGUUCAUGAUAGCAGCUCUGGAGAUUUAAACCGAUCAAAAAUAAUUAAGGUAAAGAGGAAUCUAUAUGAAAAAUGUGUAUUCAUUAGUGUUAUGUGUGUU